AUGGCGACAAAUCGCUGUCACUUGGUAAACACCCCACUCAGAGUGGAUAACAGUUCUGACAAGGAGUUCUCACCGGGAGUUCUCACCGGGUGGGGAUUACCUUUCUCAUGUGGUGGUGUUUUGACAGCACAAGCUUUCGGGCAGACAUUCUCAUCGCCACACUAUCCAACCGAAUAUCCGUUUGGUACCGAAUGUGUCUGGACGAUCCAAGCUCCGAAGUCUCAAUUGAUCACUUUGAGU